UUCAUUCAAUUCUUCUAUGGACAAGACAAAAAAAUGGCCUCACCGUAUCUGAGCCUUUCCUUGGGGCAAGCAACAGUUGCCUCUUCCUAUACAAAAAAGAAAGAGCUCUGAAGAAACGCUGAACCAGAGUCCCCAUUUUUAACUCUUCCCCAGUGGAUUAUAAAUGCAGUGUUAAAAAAUGCAUUCAAUAUACCUUCUCACUUUUUUGUACGGUUCAUGCGUUUGCCCAUUUGGUAGCCUUAGCAGCGUUCCCCCCUGCAGUCCAACAUUCUCAUCAUUUCAUAAGUAGACAAUUCACAGAAAAUGAAAAACCCAAAAAGCCUAAGAAAGUGACAGAGCAACACCUUUCGUGGUCUGCCUAUUUAAGUGGUGUGGAGCUUUCUGGCUUUGUGGGUUCAAGCUAGAAAUCUUGUCUCUUGGGUAUUAUCUCUUUCUUUCUUUUUUUCUUUUUUUUUUUUUUUAAUUUUUUUUAAAUCUUUGGUUAAUUUUGGCUUUGUGGGUUCAAGCUAGAAAAUGAGUUACUUGGGAGUUGGUGUUAGUCCUGGGAAUGUGCCUGUGUAUCAUGGUACCAAUUUGAAAGUUAUUGAUCGGAAGGUGAGGCUUGCGGAGCUGGUUUUGAGGUGUUUGAUAUGUGGCUUGGGAGUUGCUACUGCUGUUCUUAUUGGGACAGAUACUCAAGUUAAAGAGAUCUUUACAAUUCAAAAGAAAGCUAGAUUCGCAGACAUGAAAGCUCUGGUGUUUUUGGUGAUUGCAAAUGGGAUAGCAGCUGCCUAUUCCUUGCUUCAAGGAGUGCGAUGUGUUGUAGGUAUUGUUACAGGAAGUGUUCUCUUCAGCAAACCAUUAUCGUGGCUAAUCUUUUCUGGGGAUCAGCUUCUAAACCUUCCUGGCGAGGCGCCACAAUUGAGAAGCAAUUAUGAGGCCACCUCAUGCAUGUGGAUAGUAGAUUUCAUUAAAACUCCUCUCCAUUUCUUUAUAGGUAUACUCUUCUCCAUUCCGUACCAGAUGGGUAGAGUGUGUUCCUUUUCUGCAUGUAUAUUAGCUGUAUUUGCAUGUGGAUAGAACAAAUUCAUGGGAUGAAGUUUGUCUUACUCAUGGAUAACUGAGACUCAAAUAUGAGCUAUCCAGGAUCCAUUUAAUGUGAAGUGUAGACACUAGUUAUUAUUGUAGAAAAGGUAGCCCAUUUGCCCAAUAGCACUCAUAACUUCCAUCAGUACAGUUAUUUAGACAUGCAUCUUCCCAUGUACAUUCAAUGCACAGGAUCUGCAUAUGACUCCGAUAUAUAUAGAUUGCAUGGACCAUAUGAAUUUGAUGGCAGAAAUGAAAAUUUCCAAGAAUCAGCUGAUUUUUUAUCUUGAAACAUGCAUGGAGGGGUUGUGGGUGUGGGUUUGGUUACUCAAGUCUCUCAGGAUUCCUUGAGAGUGAUGUAAUCUCAAAAGUCAUCCUAGAAGUAUAUAUAUAAACUACUAGGCCAUUGAUGUUUGCUCAUGCUAAGAAGUGGCAUCUAGGUUUUAGUUGAGCCCAUUCAAAGGAGAUGCCAUCAAUACAUAUCUUAGGAAGACUUGCAUAUUCAAACAAAAUAGACAUCACAUCAACGUCAUACCAAUGCUGGGCAAUAAUGAAAAAAUGUCUGCUUUAUUGAAGGUUAGAAAUGAACUAUAAAUGGAGCUAUAGUUUGAGGAGGAAUUUUUGCUUAUGAAGUUCUUUAACAUGUACAGAAUUAUGCUAGUAUUGGAGCUUCUGCAAUGAGAUUGGUUCUGUUCGCUUUGUAUGAAGUCCCAAUAUCUUUUUUAGUUUCUUGAUUAUUGAUUCGGUCAUAUUGAUUUAAUCUUGGAACUAAGUAAAUAAUGAGUUGUUAGGUUUAGAAAUGAUGAAAUCAAGUUUGAAAUGCAUGCAGUAUCUGUUUGCUUUAUGCAUCGAUUUAUGUAUACCAUGCAUAUCUUGUCAGGAAGUAUUACUCUGUUUUUUCAGAGUAAGUUACACUUUACUUCGAAAAUACUUCCACAAACACAAAUAUUAGAUAUAUGAUCUAGACACCUUGCAGCUCAGUUGUAGUGCGAUUUGGUCCAUACUCGUGGUUUUCUUUUAUCUUAUCUUGUCGUUGGACAUAAUUUGCUUGCAUCCUCAACUUCAAGUCUGAUCCUGCUUCAACAAUAAUUGAACAAGUAUCCAAAAAAUCACCCACUCAGUCUCCCUUGUAACUAAAUUGCUGGACCUACUUUCUGAUGGAAUUAUUAGCUGCUUCUCAAUCUUAAAUGUAACAUGAUGAUUUAUAUUAAUGAACUAGGUAUCCUCUUCUCUACA